UCCAUCGCCGCGAAACAGUGAACGCUUCUAUUGGGUCCUGUAGUGGUGGUGUGGCCACGCACAAACACGAAGUCGUGCGAAGUGUCAUUGUCCUCACUCUCAGUUGUCACAAACUAGCUAGCGCGUUUGACAAUCUCUCUGUUGUUGUAGAGGCCAUAAUACUCACAGUACCAAGCGGAGGCUCUUCUUGAGAGAGAGGAAAGGAAUUUUGCACGAUGGUCAACUCCCGUAGCCACCAGAGCUCAAGGCAACACAUCUUAUCUCGCGGAGUGGACGAUGCAUCCCAUAGCCUCGCUGGUCAUCACACGCACGCUCCACAGUGGCUACACACAAACAAGAGACAGCUAGGGCUCGCCACCAGCACCAAGGAGCAGCUACAAUGUGCCUUGUGUUGCCACGCGUAUGAAGCACAGCUGAGGGAGGCCGUGGUGCUGCCUUCCUGUGGCCAUACCUUCUGCCGCCUGUGUCUCCACCAUCUACAAGACCAGCAACCAGACUUCUGCUGCCCAUUCUGCAGGACUCAGCACUGUGGUCUGCCCGUGGGUCUGCUGCCCGUGAACUUUAUCGUUAUGAAUCUCUUAGAAGCUAUUGGAAAGGUUGAAGGAGAUGACUACAACGAGGAGGAUCACGCUGAAGAAGUUUGCUGUCUUCACCAGGAGCCGCAGUUACUGUGGUGUCGCCAGUGCCGGGAGGUGCUGUGCGCUAAGUGCCUUUCCCAGCAGCAGCACGACGGGCACGCCCUGCACCACGUGCGUACCGUCUUGGCGGAAAAGAAAAGUCACAUAGAGGACGAAACGAAUAAAAUGCUUCAUCGCCUGCAGAAGGAGAAGAAACAGCUGACGCAGGAAGUUAAGGCAGUUGUCUCCGAGCUGGCAAAAAUCUACGAGAGGAGCGAGAAACUGAGCUUGGAGUCUAAUAAGGUUGACAGCAUCCGAAAAGUCAUGGAAGGCACAAAUGAUCUAAUGGCCGUGGCAAAGCUGGAGCUCGCGUUGCACAGAGGCUCGAAUCUCACCAGUAUUCCUAACGCAGUGCUGCAGGCGUUACUGGAGUACCGAGGCGACAACUACAUCACCGGGAACGAGGAGAGGUCUACUGACGACAGCGCAAGGAGGCUCUCCUGGGACGAGGAAAGGAGUAGUCUCCAGUUCUGGCAGCUGACGACAGACGUGGCUGGCGGCGGGAGACACUGGCCUAUCAUACCCUGGCAGCGCUUCACAGCCCAGAUCCCGGCGGUGCAGCUUCUAGUCCCUUUUCCCGCCCCCGAGGUGUAUCUGCAGCUGGAGGCAGCCGGUGUUGACCUGGGCCGCAUACACAUACGUCUCUGGGGUCAGCUGAGGCGCGCACAGCACUUCCUGGCCCUCUGUCUGGGCACUUUCGGACCCUCAUAUCAGGGAGCAAAAUUCCGCACCGUUGAGCGCAAGGGUGCGCCAGGAGAGUGUCUGCGGGGCGGCGACUACCCGGCGAGGGACGGAAAGGGCACCAGCUGCCGGGGCGUGAUGGCGGGGCUGGAGUGGGGUGGCCAGCACGCCGGGCCCGUAAAGAAGGGGCUUCUUGGUGGGGGAGGUGGAGGAUGUCACGAGUCCGAUGCGCUUUUCAACAUCUGUCUGCAAGAUAAGCCUCAAGGGAAGAUGUCUUGCCCCUUCGGCGAGGUUGUAUCAGGGCUGGGCGUUGUGUGGCGGGCAGCCAGUCACCAUCCUGUCUCUGAAAUCACUAUUACAGCCGCCGGCCUUGUCCACCACAACACGUGACCCAAACCUUCCCCCUGCAGUGCCAUAUUGUGCCUAGUUGCUUCAUACACUGCCUCAUCCUCCCCAUCAGAGUGGCAGCCCUGAUGGACAAUCUUGGAUGUACUAAAACUACACUUCUCGAGUUUGGAGAUCAUUACGCUUUAUCAAUAUCUCUCCUGGAGAUUCUAGUGCGCACUAUUCAUGUCUAGCACCACUGCCACCACACACGCGUCAUCCGUUAAUUCUGAUGAAGUGCCUGCGAGGUUAUCCUUUAAUUGAGAUUGUGGUGCACUGACGUCAGUUGCAGAGAUGUGCUCCAACUGAUACAACCUCUGCCCUCUGCCUGGCGCUCCCUCCACAGCUACUCAGAUGCUAGCAAUGCACUUGUGGCUUAAUAUUCUCAUUACCGGGUCCGUUUCUGUUAUCUGUGAGUCAUUACUUGUUUGCUGAUGUUGAUAUUAAACUUUUGUUGACACA